UGCUGGGAACAGUAGUCUCGUAACACCAAGUAGCAAUGACGAACCGACGUCCUGUGAUUUAUACUUACUUACUUUUAGUUUACUUAUUAUUUUAUAAUGAAGCAAAAUCAUAUCGUGCUGUAGUUGUUAUCCAUGGAGUGCUCACUGGAAGCAGUAGUAUGGACCUCAUUACAAACAGAAUCCAGGAGAUGCAUCCUGGAACUUUAGUCUACAAUACCGCCAGAUAUGCGGGAUGGAGUAGUCUGGAACCGAUGUGGCAACAGAUAGAGGAAAUAGGCACCGACGUGAUUUCCAUAGGUGCUGCGUUUCCCGAAGGAAUUAACCUAAUAGGUUAUAGCCAAGGUGGUUUAUUAGCUAGAGCGAUAUUACAAAGGUUUCCUAUGCACAAUGUGAGAAAUUUUAUUUCUCUGAGCUCACCGCAAGCAGGACAAUAUGGAACACGCUUUUUGCAUUUAUUUUUCCCCGAUUUAGUCUGCGAAACUGCUUAUGAACUCUUCUACUCGCACAUCGGACAACACAUUAGUGUCGGAAAUUACUGGAAUGAUCCUCAUCAUCAAAAACUGUAUUAUAAGUAUAGCAAGUUUUUACCAUACGUGAAUAACGAAGUCAACACUUUCAACAAUUCUGAUUACAAAACAGGCUUAACUAAGCUGAAACAAAUGGUACUUAUUGGGGGACCAGAUGAUGGAGUUAUUACACCGUGGCAAAGUAGCCAUUUUGGAUAUUACGAUAGCAAUGAAACAAUAGUAGAAAUGCACAACAGAUCUAUUUAUAAAGAUGACGCUAUCGGGCUGAAAACAUUAGAUAAACAAGGAAGGUUAAAGAUUAUAAUUGUACCGGGUAUACCUCAUUGUGAUUGGCAUAAUAACAUUUCCAUAGUAGAUCAGUUUUUACUGCCAUAUUUAGAUUAAAUUUAAUGUGAUAUAAAUAAGUGAGAUUAUUAUUUUGUCAAAUAGCAGUAAUAGAAAAUUCAAAAAUUACUAUAACUUACAAUU